AUGUUUUUAAUUUCACAGUACAGCCAAGCUCUGUACACACACAUACAGACAAACUCGAUGGGCAACAAGACUUCCUGCCUGAAGAUCCACGCCGAGGCGUCGCUGGGGGCCGGGGUCCCCAGCGUGGACGCCCUCUCUUUGUCGUGCAGCGCGUCACGCUGCUGGGGGCGGGGGAGGCGCCGCCUUGCGCGGUUCACCUUCCCCCGCCGGGGGUGGGUGUGCACCCAGGGGGUGCAGGUGUGCCGGGGCAGGGAGCUGCAGCACCUGCCCCUGGUCGGGCUCCACCACGAGGACCCCAGCACCGCCAUCAGGGUUAAAUGCUCCCGCCGAGGGGAGGCCGUCUACGCGGCCACCAUGCCCCUCGCCCGCCUGCUGGGAAUGCUGGAGGAGGCCGUGGCCGGAGACGCGGCCCUCCUCCUCUUCAGCCUGGCAGGCGACGAGGACUGCGUUGCCACCCUGUCCUUCACACGGUCCAGGUACGCCAGGCCGUGGGCGUGUAACGGGUGGCUCCACAGCCGCGGCGGCGGUGAAUGGGAGCUUGUGGGCCAGGGGGUCGCUGCGUGCCUCGGCCCCCGCGAGGGUGGCUGCGGCGCGCCGGCCAGCCCUGGGCAGCAGGAGUUUGGCCAGGGCCAGGGAUGGCACGACCCUGUCCCGGCGGAUAAGGCGGACGAGGUCAGUGCCUCGGCCUUUGCGGCGGUGCCUCAGCCAGUCCUGAGGACACCAACAUAUACGGUUCAUGAGUAUACAGUGCCAGCAGUGCACCGCGGCGACCCCUCGGCCAGUGCCCAGGACGUGGCAGUGCCAGAGGCUGACUUGGGGGAUCCAUCGACCCUGGCAGUUUACCGCGCCCUUCACCAGGUUGGGCCAGAGCCGCACCAAGGGGUCCCGUCAGCCACCAGUGCCCAGAACACCAUAGUGCCAGAAGCCUGCUGCGGGGACCCACCACCCAGUGCCGAGGCCAGCGAGGCAGUGCCAGAGGUGGACUUGGGGGAUUCUUCUUCUCAGGCACUGUACAGAGACCUUCAUACGACGGAGCCUCACGUGUGGGUCCCGCAGCCCAGUUCCCAGAUCCUUACAGUGCCAGAGGACCCUUCAGCCAGUGCCCAGGACUCAGCAGUGCCAGAGGCUGACUUGGGGGAGUCAUCGUCCCUGGCACUCUACCACGACCGUCACCAGACUGAGCCUGUCGAAGGGGAGCCACCGGUCAGUGCCCAGGACUCAGCUGUGCCAGAAAUUGACUUGGGGGAGUCAUCGUGCCUGGCACUCUACUACGAUCUUCACCAGCCUGUGCCUGAGCCUGUGUCUGACGAAGGGAACCCGCCAGCCAGUGCCGAGGCUAGCGAGGCGGUGCCCGACGAGGAGUCAUUGGAGCCAAUGCCGAGUGCCCAGGAGGCGAUGCCCCCGAGGUCGGGAAGGCCCUGGUGGCACGCCGUCCUGGAGGGCCUGGAAGUGCUGGACCUCGUCGUGUACUGCCUCCUGAUCCUCGACGCCUAUCUGCGCUAAGAACACACGGCCUUCACUCAUCACCGGGCUGGCUCAAGGGGCUGUUUUUCUUACAUUUAUCUGCUACUCCAUUAUUCCUUCUACUCUCU